ACCACUUUAUUUCCAAUUUGGAUGCCCUAGCCCUUCCAUAUGUAGGCUUGAGGGCUAAGAGAGUAGUGGCAUGGGAUUCAGCCUAAAUUACAGGUAGAAGGCAAACACUCCCAGAAAAGCACUGCAGAGAGCAUGUCAGUGUAUAAAUAAGGCUGUGCGAAGUAAUGCGUGCCAGGGCGGCGGAAAAAAAAAAAGCAUAGAAAAAAGUGGAGUCAUGUAAUAUUGAUGCUUUCAGAGUUGUGCAGGUGCCUUUGGGUAAACGCAGGCGCGCGCUGAACACGCCGCAUGUGAUUUCCAGCUUCAGUCAUGUUGGCAGCACGAUGCGCGGCGGAGACGGGAGCGGGGCUGUGAAACCGGACCCUCUGCCAGGGAUGUCGACGAGCCGGAGUCCCUGAAACCUCCGCCAACCCAGGAUACAGCCUUUAUACGGACUGAUAUGUGUUUUCCUGCGCGAGUGCGGGCUGCUUUUUCCUUCGUUUUUUUAUUGUUUUCUUUUUUUCCCUUCUUCUCCUCCUCCUGCACGCAGUAGUAUAGUGGACCUGGAUGCCGUGUGGGCGAUGCAGUCACAAGGGAUAUAUUGUGAUUUGGCGGAGAUGUGUUAGCCACCAUUGAAUUGAUUAAAAACAAGUAAAGGAGGUAACGAGGGAUCUAAUAAGAGAUCGCCACCUGUUACCAGAAAAUCAGACUUCACCUCUGUGGAAGAGCAGAAUGUUAUCUUAGCACCAUCCUCCCUGAUACUGCAGCGCAGCCACAGUUCAGGGACCUUUAGAAGAAAUUCCAUCCUCCAAACAAUAACCUCAAUCUGCUCUCCAGCAUUGGCUCUACUGGGAAUAACGCUGCUUACACAUACACACAGCCAGCCAGCCAGGAGAAGUGACAGUGUUGCUCUCCCGCCGCCCAAAUCUGACAGCCAUGAUCCUGAUCCUGAGAGGCCCCCUGCUACAGCUUAGAUCAGGGAUCAGCUCGCUGCUCGAUGGCUAGACCUCAACACUCAAAGAGCUGGAGGCCUUUCUGAUGAGAAUCUCUCACUGCAUUGUAGCACAUGGAUUUCAAGACUUCAAAUGAAGAGACAAAGACUGGGAUUUAUUUGAUGCAAGAAGGUAAUGAGGAGCCAUUUAAUAUUCGACUACACUUGGCCAAAGAUAUUCUGACCAUUCAAGAACAAGAUGUCAUCUGCAUUUCAGGAGAACCUUUUUAUUCAAGCGAGAGGACUGUAACAAUCAGACGGCAGACGAUUGGAGGGUUUGGUCUCAGCAUCAAGGGUGGAGCAGAGCACAAAAUCCCUGUUGUGAUAUCAAAAAUAUCAAAAGAACAAAAAGCUGAACUCUCUGGGCUGCUUUUCAUCGGAGACGGCAUCCUUCAGAUAAAUGGAAUAAAUGUCAGAAGCUAUCGCCACGAGGAAGUGGUGCAGGUUUUGAGAAACGCAGGUGAAGAGGUAACCCUAACGGUGUCGUUCCUGAAGAAGACUCCUGCCUUUUUGAAACUGCCGCUGUGUGAGGACUGCACAUGCAUUCCCAGUGACCAGAGUAGCGGGACAUCAUCUCCUUUGUGUGACAGCGGCCUGCACUUAAACUACCACCCCAACAACACGGACACAUUGUCCUGCUCGUCCUGGCCCACUUCUCCGGGGCUUCGGUGGGAGAAGAGAUGGGUGGACCUGCGCCUUAUUCCUCUGUUACACUCACGCUUGUCGCAGUACAUCCCCGGCUCUGACGUUUGCAGGAAAAAUGCUUUCCAAGUCAUAGCUGUGGACGGAGUUUGCAGCGGAAUCGUACAGUUUCCCACUGUUGAAGACUGCUUGGACUGGCUUCAGGCAAUAGCAAGCAACAUUUCCAGUCUCACCAAGCACAAUGUGAAGAAGAUUAACAGGAAUUUUCCAGUAAACCAGCAGAUUAUCUACAUGGGCUGGGUCGAUGAGAAGGAGCAGGACUCUGUUCAGGACAGGAUGUACUCACCAAAGUUCCUCGCUCUGAGGGGUUCCUCACUCUUCAAGUUCACAGCUCCUCCCGUGACGACGUGGGACUGGACCAGAGCAGAGAAAAGCUUUACCGUGUAUGAAAUAAUGUGCAAAAUUUUAAAGGACAGUGACCUUUUGGACAAAAGGAGACACUGCUUCAGUGUUCAGACAGAGAGUGGGGAGGACAUGUUCUUCAGCGUAGAGCUGGAGUGUGAACUGCUGAUCUGGGAAAAGGCUUUUCAGAUGGCCACGUUUCUGGAGGUGGAGAGGAUACAGUGUAAAACAUAUGCUUGCAUAAUGGAGAGCCACCUCAUGGGACUUACAGUUGACUUCAGCAUGGGAUUUGUGUGCUUCGAUGCUGCUUCAAAGGCAGUACUGUGGAGAUACAAAUUCUCCCAGCUAAAAGGAUCAUCUGAUGACGGAAAGAGCAAGAUCAAAUUUUUAUUCCAAAAUCCAGAAUCCAAGUCUAUUGAAGCAAAGGAGCUGGAGUUCUCAAACCUCUUUGCUGUUCUUCACUGUAUUCACGCUUUCUUUGCUGCCAAAGUUGCUUGUCUGGACCCAGUGUUUGUGGAGAGCCAGGGCAGCGCUACGACUGCUGGGAUUCCUUCUCUGUCGAGCCUCUCUUGCAACUCACAGACUCCAAAACUGAAAUACACCACUUGACAGGUGCUGCUGUCUCCGGACUUCUUUUAAAAGACCAGAAUCGCCUCAGACAUCGGACAGCUGAACGUGGAUCAAGGCUAUAAGUGUGUUGCGGAUAGCUGGACGCUUUAGUAGAAUAAAAGACCUCCUUGUGAGUAUUACACUUGAUAUCUCUGAAGACUUCAGGAAUUACUUUGGACCUGACUUUGAACCUCUUCUUUGAAAACCUUCUAAGAGCAACUCGAUGGACAUGAAAUGGGUUUUUGUCUUUCUUUCAAGCCUCAGACAACCACAUUAUUAUCACAUCAAACAGAAAUUGCUGGUAAUUUCCCUCAGUAGUUUGUCUUUUUUCUGUGAAACUUCACUGAAAAUCUUGGGCUAGAUGCAUAAAGAUGUGCACACUCAUGGCUGUAUGGGUUUGUACUCAUAAAAGCAUAUGAAUUACUUUCUCUAGACUACCAAAUCCUUCAUUUUCAUGGAAGCUAAGUACAAAUUUACUUAAGAUUAUUAAUUAGCAUGGGAUUUUCUUAACAUCACAAACUGACUCUUUUUUUAUCUGGGGAUAAUAAGGUGGGAUUUUCUCUUGGGAUAACAGCCUUAUCUUAGUCUGCAAGCUAAUUUGGAUGUGAUUUUUUUUUCCAAGGUCACAAGUUGAAUAUUUGUUUGUCUUAAGAAAACCAAACCAUUUUUAUUUCUUUGUCCCUCAAAAACAACAUGCAUUUCCUUGAAAUAAUGGAUUUACUUGCUUUUAUUAUUAAUUUAAAUGUGAUUUUCUGUAGAUUACAGGCUGAAUAUUCUUUUAUCUUGAGCUAACUAACUAAUUGAUUGUGGUGCAAAUGGUUAUUUUCGUACUCCUAGUUUCAUUGUUCGCUAUCAUGACACUUCAGUUUGGUACCACACUAGUUCAAUGAUCUUUAAUGGGGCAUUUUCACAUUUAGAAAUCUGUCCGUAUUAUGUUCUUUGUUUGCUUUUGUUUCAUGAUUGCAAACUUAUUUAAAGUUAUCUCAAGAAAGUAAAUCUUUUUAUGU